CGAAAUUUUUAAAACUUUAUACGUUCUGCGAUCACCAUCGACGGCGGACUUGAUCGCUCGACGCUCUUUUACAAUCUUUUAUACGCUGUUUAGUGUUUUGUGAUUUCGAACGAAUUUCUUCUUGUUUUCUUAUUCGAGUUAAAAUAUAAUUUAAUUUAUUUUGCAAAACAAUAAUUAGUGUGCUCCGAGUUUUGGAAUCUUAACAAACAUUAAAUUCCAAGAGCCCUAAAAAUAAGAAAAGCGAUUUCUUUGUGCUUUUUCUUUUUUGAAAAAACGAAGGAUUACUUUACGAGUACACACGAUUUUUAUCGGUCAGUGAUCUUACACUUAUGAUCGUGUUUUAUGUCUUCUGCUCGGGAGAAAAUAUCGGAAUAAAAAUUUGAUUUUACAUGAAUUUCGUGUUUGUUUUUGAGUGCUUACUUUGUGCAGCUGAUUUCUGCUGAUUUUUACGCGUCUGUGUCUGCGUCUGCGGCGACUGCAUUUCCUUUUCCCUCCCCUAUAUGCGUGCGUGCGUUUAGAGAGAAAUUUAUUGUUUUGUAUAAUUAGUGGAGAAAAGAUUCAUCUACCUACGAGAUAGAUACAUAUUUAUCUUCUAGAUAAAUGAACUGGGAGAAUAAUAAUUAUGUGAUGUUUGCAUGUAGCAUGUGCAUUAAAUUUUAUAAAUGAAAAUUUUUAUUCUCAGCUACUAACUGAAGGAAAGAGAUAAAGAGAGAGGAGAAAGAGACAACGAGAAGAUACAAAAUUUAGAUACAAAAACAACUUUAAAGGGGAAAAACGAGUGAAAAUAAAUCAGAAAAUAAUACAAAAACAAAAAAGAUUAUUAUGGAAAUUUAUUAGAGCGGAAAAAAAAACACACAGUGAAGUGAAGUGAUCUUGGUUUGAUAUUAAUUUAAUCUCUUGAUAGGAGCCUUAAUUUAUGUGCAAUUUCUGUUUCUGUCGUGUAUUGUGCCUUGAAACUAUCUUUGGGCGUCUUAGACUAUUCGCCGCCAAUAAUUUCUUUGUUUUCUUUAUUUGAAAACGAUAGCUUUCUAACGGUUUUUUGGUUCUUUCUUUUAUAUUGUUCUUCUGGCCAAAAGAAAAUUGUUUGUUUUGUUUACUAUCUAUACAUAUUGUGUUUUUGUUUAUCAUUUUUGAUUGAUAAAAUAAUUUUCCAUAAAUGAAAAACAUCAGGAGCAAGUUCUCCUUGAGCAAUGAUCAUAUCGAAAGAUCUGUUCAUUUUUGGUGAACAACUUUUGGCAAACUUAAUUGAGAGCGGAAGUGAAAACUUAUCAACUAGUGAUUCCAUCGUCUACGGCAUCGUCGACACCGAUCAACAUCACCAUCAGCAGUUAUUAAAGAUCGAAAACGAAAAAGAAGAUAUCAUCAACAUUUCACCUACAGAUACAACGAUCAGAGUGGCGGCGGUCACAGAGGAAGACGAGCUGGCGGUUACAACGGAAGUUGGUGAUCCGACAAAACAGCAUUUGUUGGUGGAAAAGGUUGUGCCGCGAAUUGUGGUCAAAGGAGGAAGAACCGGAGGAGGAGGAGGCACUAUAGUAGCACCACCACCAGCUCCACCACCACUGGGCACAGUUGAAAUCAAUAUGGGAAAAGUCGUGCUGGGAGCAAAUACAAGGAGUGAUCAUGCUAUGGUUACAUUUCCUUUCAUUUCCGAGCAACAUCGAACUCUCCAACUUACGUUUCAAAACAUAAAUGUUCUUCACAACGACAAAAAGAUUCUAGCCGAUGUCAGUGGAAUGGUAAGUCCUGGUGAGGUUCUUGCAAUUAUGGGGCCGUCAGGAUGUGGUAAAACUACGUUAUUGGAUAGUCUCAGCGGCCAAAGACACAUUGACAGUGGUUGUAUCUAUUUGAAUCGUGAGACCAUAUCGAAAAAAUGGCGUCGUAAAAUCUGCUAUGUUCAGCAAGAGGAAGUUUUCUUUGCCGAAUUAACACUUCGUGAAACUAUAAUUUAUACAGCGCUGCUGCGUCUACCUGAAAAGAUACCCUAUGAAGAUAAAAUAAAAUUAGUCGAUAGAGUUCUUGAGGCUCUUGAGCUAACAAAUUGUCAACAAACUAAUUUUGGAGACUACAUGAAUCGUGGAUUGUCGGGGGGAGAAAAAAAGAGAGCUAGUAUAGCUUGUGAGUUAUUGACAAAUCCUCUGCUAAUGCUUCUGGAUGAACCAACAUCUGGCCUCGAUAGUUAUUCAGCGAUUUCGCUCAUGAAAGUACUCAAGCGAUACGCAAUUCAGGAGCAGAAAACCGUAGUCAUCACUGUUCACCAGCCAUCAUCACAAAUGUUUCAUAUGUUCGAUAAGUUGCUCCUUUUGUACAAUGGACGAACGGCUUACUUUGGUGAGGUAAAGAACAUAUUCAGUUACUUUGAAAAUAUCGGAGUCACAAUCAAGCCACAUUAUAACCCUGCCGAUUUCGUUUUGGAACAAAUUAAAUCCUAUCCAGACAUUAGAGAGAAACUUUUCAUUGCGGCUCGAGAGUCCCAUGGGAAUUUCCUGAAUCGCAAUUGCAUCACAGCCAAUAGUGAAUACGCAACAAACAAAACCCAUGAUACUCUAAUUAAUGAUAUAAUUAAUAAUUACUAUAAAGAUAUUAAAAAUAAUCACAAUAACGAACUGAACCACGAGGAUGGACAACAUCUUUGGGCUGCUGCUGCUGCCGCAGCUGAUUUACAAUCGAACUUUAGUUCAGCAUCAAGUGAAUACCACGAAAUGAUGCACAAUUGGCUUGACUAUCCGACACGAUUUCACACCCAGUUUCGUGUGUUAUCUAGUCGGAAUUUCAAAGAAGCAAAACCUCGGAUGCUUUCUAAACUUAAUUGGCUACAAACAAUUGGAUUAGGUCUGAUGGCGGGUGCCAUUUGGUUUCAAAUUCCAAGGACUGAAGAGUUUUUGCAUGAUUUGCAGGGCUGGAUGUUUUUUUCGCAAACAUAUUGGAUGCUUUUUGCACUAUUUGGUGCUCUAAAUUCAUUCCCUUCUGAACGUGAAGUUAUUAGCAAAGAAAGGCGCUCUGGAGCAUACAGGCUUUCAGCUUAUUACCUGGCCAAAAUGUUUGGAGAACUGCCAUUAAUCAUAACUCUGCCCACAGUUUACCUUCUUAUCAGCUAUCCAAUGCUUGGUUGUUCAAGUUUCAAGCUUUUCUUCUUGAUGUUGGUAUUUUUACUACUCAAUACAAUUGUGGCUCAAAGUGUUGGAUUUUUCAUAGGUGCUUGUUGCAUGGAUAUGAAUGUUAGUAUAACUUUGAGCGCCCUCUAUACGCUAGCUACGCAACUUUUUGGCGGUUAUUUAUCUUCGAGAAUACCGCCGGGACUAAGUUGGAUACGUUACACAUCGAUGAUACACUAUGCAUAUCAGAAUAUGCAGAUUUUGGAAUUUGGCGAGGGACCAGCGAUAAGAUGUGGCAGCCCUAGCAGUUAUGAAGUGUGCAAACACAAUAGUACUGAAUACAUUCCAUAUGAAGAUGUUCUAAAUGCCCAGAAUUCCAACUGUCCUCUGUGGUUGAACACUAUGGUCUUGAUAGUGUUCUUUAUUGUGUUCCGUACUUUAGGUUAUUUAGUUUUGCGCUAUGUACGAUGUCCAAAAUCGUGAUAAUAUUGUUAUAAUAUUAUAAAAUGUGUUCUUAAAAUAUUUAAUCAGAAUUAAAUUUAGGUACCGAACCCAGGCUUAUGCCUCAAACUCGUAUAUUUACGAGUAGACAAACAAGUAUAUAAAGUAUAGUUUACUGCCAUUUGUUGUAAUUAUUAUUGUAUUCUUUUAUUUAGUAUAAUUUUACAUAUUUUAUCAAUUAGAAUUUCCUAUUAAUUGGUGUAAGUUGAAAACAUUAAGCAGGCAUACAUUUGUGUGCCAGUAUAAAAUUCUUAUUCUAAUUAAAUUUUCUUUGAUUAGUUAAAAGAAAACAUUAUUACAAUUCAUAUACACUUUUUCAGAUUGUUUUAAAAAAGUAAAAUUUUCAAGGCACACAUCAAAAGCAACAAAAAAGGCAAUUCAAAAAAAACAAAAACAUAAACAGCGGACAAUUCUAAAACAAGUAAUUUAAUUUAAUUGUUUAGAAGUUUAAGUAAUGUGUAGUAAAAUACAAAACAAACAAAAAUAUAAUCGUAUCAAUUUUUAAAGUUCUGUGAUGUAGUUAUCUAGUUAUAUUUAAAAUAUAUUAUUUUUAAAGAAUAUAGUACGUAUGGAAUUAUGAAAAAAUAUCUUUUGUUAUAACGUUAAUUUACAAAAAUAA